AUGAAAGCCUCCGCUAUCGCUGUCCUUCUUUUCAGCAGUCUAGCUACAGCUGAAAUCGCCAGAGUAGUUUGCCAACAACACCCUAGAGAAUGGGGAAACGGCAACUGCAACGGCGACGACAGCUGGGCUUGUGGUCAGCGAUGUGGCCAGGUUGGUUUCCAGGAUCAAAUAGACAAGUUCAAAGAACGCCUGACUAACGCAAUAUGGUGCAUUGAUAAGAACGAUCAGCAUGGCUAUGCUAGAUAUGGUGCGCGUUUUUGA